CCUCUGAAGAUAAUGAGAACAAGUUAAAUCUGUAUCCAUACAAUUCAGUCAACUUCAGGCUCUCUCUCUAGAUAUUUAUUUCUACUAUUAUCAUAUCUACUCAUCCCUCCAUGAAUUUCCCAAAACACCAUUAAAUCACUUAAAAAUAAAAGAGAGUUAUCAUUAUCCAUUCCAGAUUGCAGAGUGCAGAGAACAGCACCAUGUCAGGUUAAUGACAAGAUUUUCCCUCUCUUGGUUUCUUUCUUAUUACACGCUCCAAAUUUCAAUUCUUAAACAGCAUCGCUAAUCGAGGAAGAAAAAAGAAAUGGAAGGUGCGGAGGUCACUGAAUCCUUAAACGAAUGGCAGCAGAUCAAACUCGAAACUGCUGCUGUUAAAAACAACAACAAUAAUCUUCCUCACCGUGACCUCUCUAUUUUCCCUCCAAUCAACCACGAAGGCCUCCAAGUUCCUCCACAGCCGCCACCACCACCACCGGACACUCAAACUGAUCCUAGUGAGCCGAGUUCGACUACUGUGUGCAAUAAUGGAGAAGAAGGCGAAAAAGGGUUGCUGUCUGAUUCAACUGGGAAGCGUUUGAAAUUGAGGGUCGAGAUUUUGAAGUCUUGGGUUGUUGCGAUUGCAAACCGAGGUGAUGUUAGAAGUGGAUUUUGGUCAUUCGGGUCAAUAAGUGCAGUUGUGGCCGCGGCGGUGCUGAUAUAUACCAGAGUGCAGAGGUGGCGUCAAUGGAUCCGGGAAAAGCGUGCUAAUAGUUUGCUUCUUCUGAUCAAAGAAAAAGACCAGAAGAUUAGCCAACUGUUGCUUCAGAUUGCGAAUAUGAAUAAAACAUUAUCUACGCGGCGGAAAGUUCCAGUUAUCCGAGUUGAUUGAAUGAUCAGGACUUUCUCUGUGCAGGUGCUGCUAGAUAGCAUUAUGAUUAUCUUCAAUUUUAAGUCUCUGAUAUAUUUAUACACAGAGAGAGAUUGAUAUAUAUGUAUAUAUAUAUAUACUGUGUAUAUUUAGAUGAUGCUUGUGCAUUAAAUUGGUGAGUUCACCAGUUUCUAUAA